GUGACUUUGCUGCUUCGCAGCGCCCGCUUCAUGGCUCAUCUCCUUCCGCUGGCGUGGGGGUUUCAACCCCCGGCCCCAGCCUUCCCAUGCUUGCCCUGGGGCAGCCUGGUUCCGCGCAUCAAGGGGCGUCGUUCCCGCCCGCGCCGUGUGCCCCCGCUGCCCUCGCGCGGGGAGAGCGGCGCUGGCUGCCGUUGGCGCGUAACGGCGGAUGCGCGAGAGCGGCUCUUGGGAGCGAUAAAUCUCCCGCUGACACUCCCCCCCCCCGUGUAGACUGAGGAGGAGAGGUUGCUGGCGCCCACUUUUGCGGCAAGAGUCGCCUCUCAAGUGGGUCUGUGGGAAGGAGCCCGUUCAGGCACGGGGGAGUGCCUGCAGCCACCUGCGCGCCAGGUUCCGUCGGUAUCUGCGUGCUUCCUGCGUCGGGGCCGUGGGUGCAGCGGUGGUCGGGCAGCAGGAGCAAGUGGGGUGUCAUUCCUGGUGACGCUGGCACCGUGUGCCUUCCGAGAUUCCGUAUCAUCUAAAGAUCAAAUAUGGAUCCUGAAGCUGAGAUAAAGAAGCAAUUAAAUCCUUUCUACUGCAAUAUCUGCAAAAUCUGGUGUGCUUCUGCAUUAAACUUGCAGACUCACUUCCUUGGAUUCAAGCACAAGACAGUUGAAGAAGCACUGAAAGCUCAUGGCAUUGUUAAAACUGCAAGUGGCUUAGGGGAGCAAGUAAAUGCACCUGUAAAACUUCCUGAUUAUGUGCAAACUGAGCCAGAGGGGUUUCAUGGACGGACCUUGGAAGAACAGCUUAAUACAUGUAAAGAUACAGAACCUGCACUUGGGCUUAAUUAUAUAAUUGAAUAUCGAUCAAAAGACAAUUUCCCUUUUCUCUAUGAAUGUCAACUGUGCCACUGUAAAACAGGACUGAGUAACAUGUUCAUGCAUGUUUAUGGCUCCAAGCAUAGACUGGCAUACCUGAAACAACAUUAUCCUGAGAUAGCAGAAUCUGAUGAAGUUAAAGGUAAAGGCUCUGAACUGAACAGAAAAAUUAGGCAAGUUGCAUUAACAGUUGAGAAGAAAGAAGGAAGAAAACAAAUAAAGGUUGUUAUGGAUGUUCCAAGUAUGAGGAGAAGAUGGCAAGAAUAUCCUAAUGCAGAUGACAGCUGUUCAAAAGCUAAAGUUCAGCAUAUGGAUACAUCAGUUAGCAGUGAAGAAAAAGCAGAUGGUAAAAAUAUGGAUGAGCAAUUGCCAGAAUCUAAGCAAGAUGAAAAGAAUGCUCUAAAGGAGGAGAGAAGUCAAAGCGAGCAGGCGAAGCCAGAUGAGAAAGUUGAAGCUAAUAAGGCUAUUGGAAGUAGCAAAGGCAACAAGACCGAAGAAGGCAGCGCAGGCAACAAUUCUGAGUGUGAGACCAAUAUACAAUUGCAGGAAGGAAACGAGGAAGUGGAGCAAGAAGUAACAGGAAAUCCUGAAGAAUUUACUAGCCAAGAAGAACUAUUGGGAUAUUUGGUGAAGUGUUUUCAAGAGAACUGUAUUGAUACUGAUGAGAGGAUGGUGGCCUUCUUUGUGGCCUUCUCUGUGAGGGUUGCUAGUUCUAGAACUUGCUCCCCCACUAGACCUUCAGUGUUUCAGAGAGUCUGCUCUUUCAUUAGCCUUCUUGGGAAUGAGAAGAGGGUUAAGCAAAGUUUUGAGAUACUGAAUGAAGAUGAUGCUUCAUUUAUCCUAAAAGUUACACAGACUCUUACGGAUGCACUGGUGGAAUAUCGUCAGCAAGUUGCCUCAAAAAAAGACCUCUUAGAUACUGAACAUAGUGGAGAAGAAGCAUUGGAACAUUCCACAGAGCAGUCUGACCUGACUUCAGCAGAUACUAGUGAUUCCGAUACUGACUACUCAAGCAGCCAAUCAGCUAAGAAGUCCUUCUCAGUAAAUGAGGAACAUGAACCCCAAAACUUUUCAACUGGCUCUUUGGAAAUACCAUAUGAGAACAUUACUGCUGAAUUUUUGAACAGUGUAAGAAAUAUGAAUGUUGAGGAAGUUACAGCUACUCUACACAAAACAGCAGCAGCAAAUCCAGCUUUCAGAGGAAUUGAUAUUCCAGAUGUUAUAAGGAUCCUGACUGAAAGUGGGACUCUGAGAAGAUCAAGCGAUGGCAGCACACAGUGAUAUGGUAGAGUCAGCAGAGUUAGUGUUAUAAUGUCUACUUUUCGUCAGCUUGAGAUUGUUGUUUUACUUACUCUAAACUCAGAUGCAGCUGAUUUUGCUAUGUCCAAAUUUUGUAUAGUGUUGUCUUAAUUAAAAUAGCAAUUUGGUUUUGAGAUUCUUGUUAUUUAUUUCUCCAUGUAGCUGAAAUUUCUGUAUUUGUAGAAAGGCUGUAAAGGUUGUGUUCCUUCCUUCUCUGUUAAAAUGUUGUGUCACUUUUAAAAAAAUAACUGUUGUUUUCCUAAAUAUCUUUAAAUAUUAAAUACUGGCAGUCUG